GUUUAGCCAGUUCCCGCCAUCGCGAAGUUAACCUAAACAAUAACAGAAACGUCGAAAACCACCACUAACCAAAGACAGUAGGAUGUCUUUGUCUUUGCAAUGAAUCUGCAAUACUGUAGUUAAUCAACAAAGUAAAUUACAGCUUUAACGUCCCCUGUUAGGUCCAUUCAUUGUCGGCAUUAUGGUUCUCCAGAACACUGGAAAAUUUCAUGCAGAAAAAGAGGGAGACAAUGAGUCUGCUGGAGGAGGAGCAAGAGAGGAUUCGACUGAAAAGAGGUUACGGCGAGCUGUUUUGAAUGACGAGGUUGAUGCUCGGUUUGGCUACGAGCGCUACAAAGAUGCUGCAGAGAAAACUGGUUGGCUCAUCAACAUGCACCCGACAGACAUUCUGGAUGCAGACAAGAGGUUGGUCAGUGCUGUGGACUACUACUUCUUGCAAGAGGAUGGGGGGAGAUUCAAGGCCACGCUGGUGUUCAAGCCUUACUUCUUCGUGGCCGCCCGCGGGGACUGCGAGAGAGAGGUGGCCUCCUACCUGACGCGAAAGUUCUCGGGGAAAAUCGCUGCCAUGGAAACCGUCCACAAAGAGGAUCUAGACUUGCCGAACCAUCUGGUGGGCCUGAAGCGGUCGUACAUCAAGCUGUCGUUCCACAGCACCGAGGAACUCAUCAAAGUCAGGAAAGAGAUCUUCCCAGCCGUCCGGAAAAACAAAGAGCAGGAGAAGAACUCCAACAACUACACCGACCUUUUGAAAAGUCACUUUGGAGGAGAAGAAGCCCUGGAGGUCUCCAAGAAAAUCUCGGAUCAGAUGGAAAAUAUUGUGGACUUGAGAGAAUACGACGUUCCUUACCAUGUACGCGUCUCCAUUGACCUCAAGAUUUUCGUCGGCCAUUGGUACUCGGUAAAGGGCAAAGGGUCGCAUGAGCUGGAGAUGUGGAGGAGAGAGGACCUCGUGGCUUGGCCGGAUCCAGUGGUGCUGGCCUUUGACAUCGAGACAACCAAACUUCCCCUCAAGUUUCCCGACGCCCAGACCGACCAGGUCAUGAUGAUUUCCUACAUGAUUGACGGACAGGGCUACCUGAUCUGUAACAGCGAGAUCGUGUCGCAGCACGUCGAUGACUUUGAGUACACGCCACGACCUGAGUUUGAGGGACCCUUCACCGUCUACAAUGUGCCGGAUGAGAAAAGUCUGUUACAGAAGUUCUUUGAGCACUGCCAGGAGGUGAAGCCACACGUGUUUGUCACCUACAACGGAGAUUUCUUUGACUGGUGGGUGAAACGAGACAGUUACCUGCCCAUGGGGAGUCAGAACCUCAAGGCCGUGGCCAAGGCCAAGCUGCGCUACGACCCCGUGGAGCUGGACCCCGAGGAGAUGUGCCGUAUGGCCAGCGAGCAGCCGCAGGUCCUGGCCAACUACUCUGUGUCGGACGCCGUGGCCACAUACUAUCUGUACAUGAAGUAUGUGCACCCGUUCAUCUUUGCCCUGUGCACCAUCAUCCCCAUGGAGCCCGACGAGGUUCUGCGGAAGGGCUCGGGCACUCUGUGCGAGACUCUGCUCAUGGUCCAGGCGUACCACGCCAACAUCGUCUACCCCAACAAGCAGGAGUCCGUGCUCAACAAACUCACCGACGACGGCCACGUUCUCGACUCGGAGACUUAUGUCGGCGGCCAUGUUGAAGCUCUGGAGUCUGGCGUGUUCCGCUCGGACUUGCCAUGUCGUUUCCGUAUGGUUCCGGCUGCGUUCCAGACGCUUCACGACGCGGUGGAGCGCACGUUGAGACACGCCAUAGAGGUGGAGGAGAAGAUACCCAUGGACACAGUCACCAACUUUGAGGAGGUGUGUGCGGAGGUGCGGGAGAAGCUACUCCAUCUCCGCGACUGCCCCAACCGUCUGGAGAACCCCAUCAUCUAUCACCUGGACGUUGGGCUAUUUAUGAGGCAUUUUUUUCUUUUCAAACCCAUAUUAAUUGUGUUGUUAUCACCUCCAGCCAUAGUGGAGGAAGAGACGUGUGCAGCGUGCGACUUCAAUCGGCCCGGAGCCCGUUGUCAGCGAAACAUGCCCUGGAUGUGGAGGGGAGAGUUUAUGCCGGCGACCAAGAAUGAGUUUUACCGCAUCCAGCAACAACUGGAGAACGAGAAGUUCCCACCUGUGUUCCCCGAUGGCCCACCGCGGGCUUUCCACCAACUGAGCAAAGAAGAGCAAGCGACCUUUGAGAAGAAGCGUUUGGCGGACUACUGCCGCAAGGCUUACAAAAAAGUUCACUCGACUCGCAUGGAGGAAAGGACGGCCACCAUCUGUCAGAGGGAGAAUUCUUUCUACGUGGACACUGUCAGAGCCUUCAGGGACCGGAGAUACGAGUUCAAAGGUCUGACCAAGGUGUGGAAGAACAAACUGACAGAGGCGGAGAAGAAGAAGGACGCGGCGGAGAUGAAGAAGGCCAACGGUCUGGUGGUCCUCUACGACUCGCUCCAGCUGGCCCACAAGUGUAUCCUCAACUCCUUCUACGGAUACGUCAUGAGGAAAGGGGCUCGGUGGUACAGUAUGGAGAUGGCCGGCAUCGUUUGUUUCACCGGAGCGAACAUCAUCACCCGCGCUAGGGAGAUUGUGGAGCAGAUCGGGCGUCCCCUGGAGCUGGACACAGACGGCAUCUGGUGCGUGCUGCCGGCCAGUUUCCCUGAGAACUACGUGGUCAAGACCAGCAACCCCAAGAAGGCCAAGGUCUCCGUCUCCUACCCCGGGGCGAUGCUCAACGUCAUGGUCAAGGACUACUUCACCAACGACCAGUACCAGGAGCUGGAGGAUCCGAACUCCCUGAGCUACAGCACGCGCAGCGAGAACUCUAUCUUCUUCGAGGUGGACGGGCCCUACCUGGCCAUGAUCCUGCCUGCCUCCAAGGAGGAGGGCAAGAAGCUGAAGAAAAGAUACGCCGUUUUCAACUUCGACGGAUCUCUGGCCGAGCUCAAAGGUUUUGAAGUGAAGCGUCGCGGGGAGCUACAGCUGAUCAAGAUUUUCCAGUCGUCGGUGUUUGAAGCUUUCCUCAAGGGCAACAGUCUGGAGGAGUGCUACGCAGCCGUGGCCAAAGUGGCUGACUAUUGGCUGGACGUGUUGUAUAGCAAGGUUGUCUCCGACCCCAACUCCAACUUGGCAUGUUUUGUUGUUUUUGUCGGACAGCUGGUGGAGACCUCCCAGCCUGGCCAGUUCAAACUGUGGGCUCUGAUUGGCUCCGACCUGCACGCCAUCAAGUUGAACGUUCCGCGGACUUUCUAUGUCAAUCAGAAAACGCCCAAGGAGGGGGAAGGAGCAAUGUGGAAAAGAGUUCACCGCACGCUGCCGCGGUCCCACCCGGCCUACCACCUGUACCAGUACGACGUACCGGAGGACGUCUAUCUCAAACACAUCAACGACAUCACAGCAGACCUCUCCUCCCCCGACGUAGAGGGCGUUUACGAGACGCAGGUUCCCCUGGAGUUCCGCGCUCUGGCCAGGUUGGGCUGUGUGUGUACCGUGGGCCGCGACUUUGCCCGCUCCAUGGAGGGCCGGGAAACGGACGUGUUUGAUCUGGACAAGCUGACGUUCCGCAGUGUGGCCCAGUUCCCCUACCUCAGCCCGGGCACCAUCAAACAUCUCUAUCUGUAUCAACACAAGUCAGGUACCAAGUCUGUGUUUGGCUUGUUCAACCCCAUGAACAAAACGGCGGCCGUGUGUGUGCUAGACAAGGCUAUCAGCGACCAGAUGCCCAACCUGGGGCCUUUGUACAACUCUGAGAGAAACAGCAAAAUCUCACAAGACACAGAUGAAGAGUUGCUUCCCCCUGCUGGCCUAGUUUUCUCCGUCACGGUGGGGCGGUCGGCGGUGGAGAGAGCCAAACUGGCAGGCCUUCAGCGAGUCCUGGUUGACUACAAGCGAGAGAAGCGAGGGCCGACCUUCAUCGCCGUGCAGAGCAGUUAUGUCUCUGAUGGAGCAGGCCAGGUACUUGCAUGUCCCACUUGGCAAUGUGCCGGCCGACUUCACCAUGUUUGGCUGCGACCUUUUCCUGGCGCGUCUGCUGGCCAAACACAACCACAUCAUGUGGGCGUCACCCACCAACCGCCCAGAUCUUGGCGGGAAGGAAGCUGACGACAACAGGCUGUGUAUGGAGCUAGAGGAGAGCAGCGUGGUGGAACUGAACAACCCGGGAGCCUACAGCAGCGUCUGCGUCGACCUUGAGCUGACGAGUCUGGCCGUGAACACCAUCGUAGAG